UAUUAUUGUAAAAUAUAUCAUUGGGAGUGUAUAAGCAAAGUACAUUUUUCACGUUUAUUACUUAAAACUCGUUUAGUUUUGAGACUGUAAUGUUCGUCUGUGACUGUAUGACUGUAAAGUUCAUCUAAGCAUAAUUUUUUUUUUAUUGGCUCAAGACAUUUUGCCGAAUUCAGCCAUUUCAUCAAAUAAAUUUUAGAUAUCUUCGAAAUAGUGCAUUUCUAACUUUCACGUUAUCAAUUUUUCGCAACAUUUAGAUUUUUUUCCAAUUUAUUGAGGUUCUUUUAUUUGUCUGCAAAAAAAAAUGUUCAUUUUCUUCGGGCAUUUUUUUUUUCGAUCAUUGAUAUAAUAGAGACUUAGCGGAACUCGCUUUAUUCAGAUGCUAUCAAAUUGUGAAAUUUGAUAAGUGUUUUCGAAAAUGAGGAAAAUUAUUCCUGUUCUACACUUGCAUCAUGACAGCUCUGAACUGACUUAAUUUACUGAAUCUUUUAUCAUACAAGUCAUUAUGUAUGAAUAAUAUUAGAUAUCAUUAAAAUACAUAUCUAAAUGUUCUUAUCAUAUUCUUUACACUCGUCAGUUUAGAUUUUACAAGAGCAACUUUGAUACAAUUCACUUUUAAAAUGGUAACGUUGAAGUAUUUACUCACAAUAAUUGUACUUUAUAUCUUAAUGCCCUAUUUAAAUGAGGCACUAUCAAGCACUGAUUCACAACAUUAUUAUGUCUCACUUCACCAUGAUGAUAAAAUUAAUUUAAAUAAUCUCAAACUUCAAAAAAUUCUUUUUUGCUUCAAGACAGAAAAAAAUGCAACUUAUGGCACUUUCAUAAGAGAGUUCGAUGCUUUAAAACAAGAUAAAUAUUUUCCAUACAAAUGCACUCCAACCUAUAUAGUGGAUGCAAAAAAUUAUAAUUUGAUUAUGAAAGAUCGUAGCAGAAUUUUUCAUUGCUACGUUUCUAAUCACCGUUCAGUAUUACCAGCAUUUCUAACAAUUCCUCAUUACAUGCCAACAAAAUUGAAAGAGAAAAGAUUCUUGCAGGAUUUAAAAGCUUCUAAAAGAAAAAGCAUAGCAAUGAAUUUUAUAAACAGAAAAUUCGCAAAAUCUUUUUUGUGGAAAACCCCUAACUCAUAUCAUUCCAAACUUCAGUCUGAAUAUAAAAAUAAAUUUUACUUCACAAGAUCGAAUUACUUCUUACGUCUAAUUCGGAACAAGACUAUUAAAUACGGGAAACGAAGCCUUCUUCACAGACGAAAUAACGGCUAUUUCGGAGAUGGAAGUUUUACGAGUUAUAAAUGCGUUCUUCUGCGUGCUGUGCCAAAGCUGCUUGAAGUGUUCAACAGAACUAAUUUUUUCGAACUUGUGGUUCUUGAUAAAAGCGAAAAUGCUAAUUUAAGGCUUGGACCAAGAAAUAAGGAAACUGAUAUUCAACACAUUCCACUCAUUUCCCCAUAUAUUGAUUAUAAACAUGGGAACUAUCAUAAAAGCGGCACUGAUUCUUCCUUCUCAAACAACAUUAAAAUAUUUGGCGAAAAAAAUGUCGACUCUAAAUCAUAUGCAAAAAGAUACCAGCAUACCAAUACAGACUUGCCCACACCUAACAGGAAGUUUGAUUAUUUUAAUAAAGAUCACUUCUUUCGUUUAAAACAGCCCCUCCGUUGCUCUAAUGAUAAAAGAGAAUGUUUCUAUAAAACCCAUCGAGAUGCUAAUAAGACAGAUUUCCGUAAAAGUGUCAAGAGAAGUGCUGAUUACGUCUAUUCCGACAUAGAAGAUGCAUCUAAUGCCAAUUUUAUGAACGAGACACUGACAACCGUAAAUGAUAUGGCGGACAACAUGACAAUGGACAUCGGGACAGAUAAUAUGACUACAGAGAUUGUGACAACCGAAACUGAUUUGAGAAGGAUCGUUUACCUACAUGGAUUGUUUGAGAUGAGUCGCGGGGAUUGUCGAGACUUCCCAGAGACUGGUGUGUAUGAAUACAAGGCUGCUCUUUUGGCAAUUCAGCAUAUCAACUCAAGAGAUAUCAUCGAGGGAUAUAAACUUCAAAUGUACUAUAAUGACACUCAGUGUGAUUCGGGAGUUGCUGUCGACGCAUUUUUCCAUUCCUUGUAUCGCCAACCUGUGAUGACCACUCUUCUUGGAACUGGAUCUUCUGAAGUAACUGAAAGACUUGCAAGAGUUGUCAGCAGAUGGAAUAUUGUUCAAGUAUCUUAUGGAGCUAAAUCUCCUGCUCUAAGUGAUAGAAAAAACUUCCCGAUGUUCUUCAGAACUGUGGCUCCAGACUCAUCUCACAGUGCUGCUCUCUUAUCUUUUGUUCUUUACCACAAGUGGUUUACUGUUGCUACGUUACAUGAACAAGGAGAUAAGCAUUCACUGCCUAUGACAAAGCUUAAUACGGACCUAGAGCAAGUAAAUGUAACUGUAGCUCUGACUAAAGGUGUCAGUGAGCGAGAUUACAAGGAUCAACUGCAAGAAGUCAAGAAUCAAGACUGCCGGAUUAUUAUUUGCAGUUUCUCUUCUUCUCUUUUCAAGAAAAUAUUCUGUGAGGUUUAUUACUUGGGGAUGUAUGGCGCAGAUUACGCAUGGAUCAUGUUAGGUGAUAAUGACGAUUCUUCAUGGGAACUCGACUCAGAUGCAGAAUGUAACGACCACCAACUGAGAAAAGCUGUCCAAGGCGUCAUUUCGGUUGGCAGUCUUUACGAAGUCGUAGGGAAUGGGACCCCGAUUUCAGAAAAGUCACUGCCAGAAAUACUAGAAGAAAUCGAAUUUGAGUUCGACUUCAAAUCAAGUGGUUACAUCGCUCAAACAUAUGACGCUGUCUGGGCAAUUGCACUGGCACUGAAAGAAGUAGAAGAAUAUUGGAGAUCUACGAAUUCGACGUUUACUCUGGGUGAUUUCACUUACGACAACGCUUUGAUGGCUCAUAACAUAGCCAAAACCGUUUCCAAUCUGCAUUUCAUGGGUAUUUCUGGGCCUGUUUCAUUUCACAAUUCUGACAGAGUGGGUAUUACGGCAUUUCAUCAAAGGCAAGGAACUAAUCUAAAACUAGUAGCGAUCUACACUCCUGAUUCUUCAAAACUGGAGUUCGAAUGUAUAGCCUGCAGUGAUAUAGAAUGGCAAGGUGGAAGUCCCCCGAUUUCCAGUCGCAAUAUUAUUUUAAGAAUUGCCAUAUUGGAUCGGAGAGUUUUCAUUUGUGUCACAGCUUUAGCAAUCCUUGGUGUUAGCCUAGCUCUAACUUUCUUGUCCUUUAAUCUGUACUACCGAAAGAUCAAAUUUAUAAAACUAUCAAGUCCAAACUUGAAUAAUUUCGUGAUUGUAGGCUGCAUUUUAGUCUAUAUCACAGUCAUCCUGUUAGGCAUGGAUCAUGGAACAUUGCUUGAUGACAAUCAUUUUCGCAUUGUAUGCUCCGCCCGGGCUUUUUUGCUGUCUGGUGGAUUUUCGCUUGCAUUUGGCUGUAUGUUCAUCAAAACAUAUCGUGUAUACCAUAUAUUCAUUCGAGCAAAUACUGGAAUUGUUAAAAGCAAACUUUUACACGAUCAGCAGCUGCUCGGAAUGGUUAGUGUUCUUCUCCUCAUUGAUUGCAUACUAAUAAUUUUGUGGGUAAUUAUCGACCCGAUGGAGCGGAAACUUAUCAGCUUAUCUAUGCAGGUUAACAAGGAUGAAAGAAACGUCGUAUAUCUCAAUUUGCGAGAGCAUUGCAGCUCAACACACAUGGCGAAAUGGUUAGGAAGUUUAUACAUAUACAAAGGAUUUCUGCUGGUUGUUGGAUGCUACAUGGCCUGGGAAACUAGACAUGUCAAAGUUCCCGCUCUCAAUGACUCUCAAUAUAUUGGAAUGAGCGUCUAUAACGUUGUCAUAACAAGUGUUAUUGUUGUAGCUUUGGCAAAUGUAAUUCCAGCUGAACGCUACACUUUAACUUUCGUCCUGGUGUCUACAUUGAUAUUCGUUUCAACUACUAUGACGCUUUGCAUACUCUUUGUGCCAAAGAUUCACACGAUUUUACUCAACCCAGAUGCUGCUGCUGUUGUUGCAACACCAGGUGUUAAAGUGGAAUGUAAAACGCGCCGUUUUGCAAUAGAUGAGCCCAGAGAAUCUUUGUAUCGAGCAGAAGUAUUAAACAGAGCAUUGAAAAGAGAAUUAAAAGAGUUAGAUGAAGAGUACAACAGAUUGGCAAUAAACAUCGGACUUACUCCAACUCCAGUGCGCAAACCAACUGUUAGUGACCAAAGUCAAGACGAUGACAGUGAUGACGGUCUUCCUCCAUGGAUAUCCGAAUACAAAGAUUAUUCUUCCACUGGGAGUGAUGAUGUUUGGUGCACAAGUCGACCGACCAUAGCCUCUGCGUUCAGUGCUAUUCAUCAAGUAGCUCUUCAAAUUCCUUCCACUUCCACAAGCCAUCCCAACGAAAUUGUUUGCAAGGUUCAACAUAUGCCAGGACAAUUAAAAGACAUAAGCUGUUCACCUCUUAGAGCGAGCUUAACAACAAUUGGAAAUCUUGAUGCUUUAUCUGCCAUGUCUUCUAAACCUGUCAGAAAUUUUCUAUCCGACAGAACUCUUAAUGAGCUAAAAAAUCCACAAACAUCAACCAAAACUCAAUUUACUGUUUCUUCUAGUUUGUUAUACCAUCCUGUAGAGAAACAGUUGAGAUCUGAACCCAAAUUAUUCUGCGAUGAACUGAAACAAGAUGAUACUAACAAACCUAUAUAUUCAGCUAAAUCUUUGAAUCAAAUUUCUCUGGAAGAAAGUAGUCAAUCGGAUUGUAAUUGGACAACAGCUCCUUUAAAUGAAAGUACAUCCUUUUCUACCCCAUUAGAGGAUUUUAUAUCUUCUUCUAAUAACGGAAUAAGCAGUAUUAAAAGUACGACAAAAUCACUGGAAAAUAACACAAUUUCAAAUUAUCUGUCUUGUGAAGAUACGAGUACAUCGACUCAAGAAUCUUCAGAUUUUCAAAGUAAUCAUCGAUAUGGAAAUCCGAGCCAUUCUAAAAAUCCUGAAAAUUCUACAUUUUGCGAACUUUCUUUGAGCAGAAGUUGUACAAGUGCAGUAUCAAGUAGUAGCAGCAGUAGCAUGUGUGGUGCAACUGUCAGUGACUCUUCAGCUCGUACCAGUGACAGUCGAAAAGAUUUUAACGUUCCAGCAAGCGACGCAGAUACUCCUUUGACUGAAUAUUCCUCAAAUCCAACAGAACUCACGUUUUCAGAAGUUCAGGUUUCUUCUACUUUAAUGCAGAGAAAUUCGGAUGACCAUGAAAACAGUAACACAGACGGAAACAAAUGUGCUAUUGAUGCGGUAUCAUUAAAUACAAAUAAUCCAAGUGGUGAAAUAGUUCCACAAUUAGAAAACAGAUCAAUCAAGGGCUGCGAUAAAAGAAAUGGAGUACUGCCACUUUCUGAUACUGACAAUUCCGCAAAUUCCUCAAGUUCAGUAUAUUCUGAUAACAAUGCCCUCUCAAGCGAAAAUAAUAAUUUCGCAGAGCAACCAUUAGCAGCAGCUAACACCGAACAAUUGAGAGAACAAAUAUUUAGAUUGAAAAGGGAAUUGAUACUAUCUCAACUUGACCAAUCCGAAUCUGUUGACUUAUAACAAACAUCGUUUUAUAACGUACACAUCAUUGGCACACAUUUCUAUAAAAAUCAUUGUUUUUACUUUUCACGACUUUUGAUAUGAUCAUUCAACACUGCAGUUAUUCUUCUCAACGUCAAGUAUCAAUGUUAU